AUGAAUCGUUUAUUUUCUGGUCUCCGUCGACGUAAAUCGUUCGAUGUUAAUAAAAAGCCACCAACAUUCAGAGUGUACUAUUUGGGUAACAUUCAAACAUCUCUGACACGUGGUGAAGGUUGCGCUGAUCGGCCAUCAAAACUUUUGUGGGAUAUGCACGUGAAGAAUAAUGGUCGUUUAGGACGGAAGUUAAGAUUAACAAUAACUACAUCAGGCUUAGAAGCCGAAAAUUGUUUAACACAUGAAAUAACAAAAUAUUCGACAAAUCGUAUUGCCUACUAUUGUGUUGCGAAUAAACUUAAUUCGAAAAUGUUCGUAUGGGUCUAUCGACAUGUUAAUACAAGAUCUGGACUCACAACCGAGUUAAGAUGUCAUGCAUGUUUAUGUUCAACAGAAGAAGAUGCAAAAACAUUAGCUACCCUACUACAUCAACGUCUUCAAAUAACAAUCAAAGAGUAUAUUCGCGAGAAAUAUCGACGUCAAAUCAUUCGUUUAGAAACGCCAAAACGUUUAUGCACGUUGAGCUCUGCGUCAAAUUAUCGUGAACCUCUUGUUCGAUCAAUGUCAACGAUUGGUGUUGGUCGUCUGGAUGCAAUUAACGAAGAUAUUGAAGAAAAUAUGGAUAAAGAUCGUGCAUUAACAGAAACUGAUAUUCUCAAUUCUAAUAAUGCAGAUCCCGAAAUUUUAGUAACAUUGAAACAGUUAAGUCUUGAUUCAUCUGAUCUCGAUUCACUUCUAUCAUCAAUUUCAACAUCUACAUUUGCUAGUGGAAGGACUAAUUAUGAAACAUCGAAAACAUCGAGUUUAUUCAAAAAGAAAUUAUUAUUUAAUAAUGCUUUGUCUGAUAUUUUAUGA